GUGACGUCAGAGAGAGCAGCUCGUCCUGGAUUCUGGGAAAGGAAGAGUCCCGCGCGCACUGACAACCGAUUAAAUAAGAGACGGCAGUGAGGAGUGCGAUGGGCCCUGUGGCACUCUCCCAGUGCAGUGUGUGUGGGGGUUUAGCCUGAGCAGCUGCUGUCCCGCCCCCGUCCGGCCAGCAUGGGGGACGGCCUGGAGUCCGGAAGCAGCGGCCAGGGGCAUCUUUCCGGCCCGCACGCCAACCCCUUGCCCCCCGAGACCUCCGACCCCGCCCGGCCCAAACGGCAGACCAAUCAGCUGCAGUACCUGAUGAAGGUUGUGCUGAAGACUCUGUGGAAGCACCACUUCUCCUGGCCCUUCCAGCAGCCCGUUGAUGCCGUCAAACUCAACCUGCCCGACUAUUAUAAGAUCAUUAAGUGUCCUAUGGACAUGGGAACAAUCAAGAAGCGGCUGGAGAACAGCUACUACUGGAACGCCCAAGAAUGUAUUCAAGACUUCAACACCAUGUUCACCAACUGCUACAUCUACAACAAGCCUGGAGAUGACAUCGUCCUCAUGGCCGAGGCUCUGGAGAAGAUGUUCCUGCAGAAGAUUUCAGAGAUGCCCCAGGAGGAGACUGAGAUCACAGUCAUGACCGGCAAGGGGCGUGGCCGUGGCCGCAGAGACAGAGGCCAGAACUCGAAACCGGGCCCUGCCUUGGAUUCUCCGUCCACAACGCCCCACACGCACGGCCUCUCUGCCCCCCUGCCAGGGCUGCCCCCCCCUCUGCCCCCACAUCUGCCGGUCCCCAUGGGCACCCAUAUCCCCCUGGCAGCACCCCCCUACACCCUGAGCCCCAACGACUGCAUCACACAGGGCCCCAUCCUGACCUCCGUGCCCCCUCCCGCUGAAACCACGCUACCCCACACGCCCAUCCUGCAGAACGCCGCCCCCCUGGCCAAACCGAGGAAGAGUCAGAAGCGGAAAGCUGACACGACUACGCCCACAGCCAACGACCAGCUGAGCGAGUCCUCUCCCGCCGCGUCCGAGUCGAAGCCGGGGAAGACGCUGGCGCGGAGAGAGAGCGGCCGCCCCUCCAAGCAGCCCAAGAAGGAGGCGCCUGACUCCCAGCACCACUUGGGGCUGGGCGGGGCACACAGCCCCAGGCAGCAGGAGCAGCUACGCUACUGCGCGGGCAUCGUCAGGGACAUGUUAUCCAAGAAGCACGAGACCUACGCCUGGCCCUUCUACAAACCUGUGGAUGCAGACGCCCUGGGCCUGCACGACUACCACGACAUCAUCAAACACCCCAUGGACCUCGGCACCAUCAAGGUGAAGCUGGAGGGCAGGCAGUAUGGAGAUCCACAGGAGUUUGCGGCAGACGUGCGGUUAAUGUUCUCCAACUGCUACAAGUACAACCCCCCUGACCAUGACGUGGUGGCCAUGGCACGUAGACUACAGGAUGUGUUUGAAAUGCGCUUUGCAAAGAUGCCGGACGAACCUGAGGAGAAGACGUGCCCCGCCCCCUCUCCCGCGCUGCUCCCCGCCCCCGUGAAGGUGCAGCCACCCCCCACCCUCGCCUCCUCCUCGGACAGCUCCAGCGACUCCUCCUCGGAGUCUGACUCCUCUACCGACGACUCUGAGGAGGAGAGAGCGCAGAGACUCGCAGAGCUGCAGGAACAGCUGAAGGCAGUGCAUGAGCAGCUGGCCGCCCUGUCUCAGCCCCAGGCGAGCCGACCAAAGAAAAAGGAGAAGGAGAAGAAGCAGAAGAAGAAGCCAGGCGGAGCAGCGGUAAAGAUGGAGGAGGCCCAGGAGCCCGCUCCGCAGCCCCUCAGGAAAAACAGGAGCGUGAAGGAGGCCGCACCUAAGAGGUCAAAGACGCCCAGCAGCAAGAAGGAGGGAGUGAAGAACAGUCGCUCGGGGCCCCCUCCCGCUCUGCCGCCUCCCUCGCUGGCCCCCUUGGCCACGCUGGACUCGGAGGAGGAGUCCGGAGCAGGGGCGGGCGUGGCGGGGGGCGUGGCGGAGAAGUGUAAGCCCAUGUCAUACGAGGAGAAGCGGCAGCUGAGUCUGGACAUCAACAAGCUGCCGGGAGACAAGCUGGGCCGCGUGGUGCACAUCAUCCAGUCCCGCGAGCCCUCGCUGAAGAACUCCAACCCCGACGAGAUCGAGAUCGACUUUGAGACGCUCAAGCCUUCCACCCUGCGUGAGCUGGAGCGCUACGUCUCCACCUGCCUGCGCAAGAAGAAGAAGCUGCCGGCGGCAGAGAAGGUAGCGGACGUUAUGAAUGUGAUGAAGAUGAAGACGGGCUCUUCAUCAGAUUCCGGCAGCAGCAGUGAGUCCAGCUGCUCCGACAGCCAGGACUUUGGGACAGGACCGGCUCAGAAACAGAGGAAGAAGCCUCUGCGUGGGAAGGAGAGGAAGAAGCCCCUCCCUCAGGCCCCUCAGCCUCUGGCCCCGGCCCCGGCCCCGGCCCCGCCCCAGGUCCCGGUGGUGCAGCCGAUGCAGCUGAAGCAGCACCCCUUCCACACGGCCUACGUGCCCCCGCCCGUGACGGCGCUGGAGCCCUCCCAGCUGCUGGGGGGUGCUCUGGACCCCCUCCCCCAUUUUGGCCAGCAUCUCAUGCACAUGUCCCACCAGCACACCCAGCCGUCACCCCCCGCACCACCCCUCAACGCACACCCCCCAGCUGGCACGACUGACACACACUCUUUCCUGAACACACACCCGCCUGCGAGUACAGGUGAAACACAUCCCUUCCUCAGUACCCACCCCCCAGGCAGUGCGCCCGAAACACAUCCCUUCCUCAACACGCACACCCCAGGGGGUGCGCCCGAAACACAUCCCUUCCUCAACACGCACACCCCAGGGGGUGCCCCCGAAACACAUCCCUUCCUCAACACCCACACCCCAGGGGGUGCGCCCGAAACACAUCCCUUCCUCAACACCCACACCCCAGGGGGUGCCCCCGAAACACAUCCCUUCCUCAACACGCACACCCCAGGGGGUGCCCCCGAAACACAUCCCUUCCUCAACACGCACACCCCAGGGAGUGCCCCCGAAACACAUCCCUUCCUCAACCAGCACCCUGUGAUCUCCACCCCAGCUUUGCAUAACGCCAUGCCCAAGCAACCAUCACGCCCCAGUAACAGAGCAGCACCCCUCCCCCCCAAACCUCCCCACCCCCCCCAGCAGCCGCCCCCCCAGCAGCAGCCGCCGCAGCAGCACCUGCCCCCCCACAUCCUGCCCGCGCAGCCCCUCCCGCAGCCCCUCCUCCCCCGCAGCCUGUCCCCCCCCACCCUGACCCCCCUGCUGUCGGCACAGCCCCCCCAGGCCCUGCUGGAGGACGACGAGGAGCCCGGCGCCGUGCCGCUCAGCCAGGUGCACCUGUAUCUGCAGCACCUUCAGGGGUCUGCACAGCUGCACAAGGCCAAGCCUGCGCAGACCCCCCCUGGCCAGCGCAAAGCGGAGCCGUAUGCCGCAGGGCCUGUGAGGGAUAGCCCCUCCCCUCUGAUGGUGCACUCCCCCCCGAUGCCCCCAACACCCCCACACAGCCUGCAGCAGCCUGUUAAACCUGAGCAGCAGGCACCCCACACCCUGGGACUGAAAGAGGAGAAAGUGGGAGAACCCCUCAUCCCCACUCAGCAGGAGCCCCAAAAACACCUGGAGAACAAGCUGACCCAGCCAGCACCCUCACAGAGGUCAGACCUGAAGCUGUUGGAGAGUUUGCGGCCGGCGACUCGCCCGUCAGAGCCUGGGGUCCCACCCCAGCCUGCUCCAGACAAGGAGAAGUUUAAGCAGGAGCCCAAGACACCCAUCGCCCCCAAAAAGGAUGUGAAGCUGAAGAACAUGGGUCCGUGGGCCAGCCUGGCGCAGAAGUCGGCGUCGGCGCCCUCGUCCACGCUGAAGUCGUCAAGCGACAGCUUCGAGCAGUUCCGCCGCGCCGCCCGCGAGAAGGAGGAGCGCGAGAAGGCCCUGAGGGCCCAGGCGGAGCAGGCCGAGAAAGAGCGCCUCCGCAGGGAGCAGGAGAAACUGCGGCGGGACGAGGAGGACGUUGUGGAGCUCCCCCGCGGCCCCCCCCUGGAGGAGCUGCACAGACGGCAGGAGCAGCAGCCAGUGCCGACGCAGGCAGCGCCGACCCCGCCCCCCCAGGCCCCCGGCCCCGCCCCCGGCCCGCCCCACAGCGCAGCCCAGAGCGCACUGGACCAGCAGAGGGAGCUGGCGCGCCGCAGGGAGCAGGAGAGGAGGCGCAGGGAGGCGAUGGCAGCCACCAUCGACAUGAAUUUCCAAAGUGAUUUGAUGGCGAUCUUCGAAGAGAACUUGUUCUGAAAUGCAAGAGCAA